CGUUCUUUGGUACAGGCAUCGAGUACAUGGUGGUAUCGGACGAACACUACAUGUACUGACCAAAAGUCAGCAGAAUAUUUCGAGUUAUAAUUACUAGAAAUAAUCCCCGAAAAUCGGGGUGCUCGUGGUCUACAAAUCUGGAUAUUUCUUUAUUCUAAAAACCACAUGCAUUGCUUUUGGUUUUUAACUUUAACUUUGGUAUUUUGCCAAGAUCAUACUCUACUCAAUACGUAUACAAAUUAUAAUUUUUAUUGCGGACGCUACAAUAAUUUUGAAUUGGCGACGUCUAAAUACAAACGGAAAAGACAGUACAUACAUCCUUAUUCCUGUUAUUCAUCAAACCAGAAACUAAAAAUGUAUAGGCAACUUGCUAACUUGCCAUUUCAGCUUCAUCCUGCUGACGAAAUGUACCAUUCCCCAUCUCAUUCUGUGCCGUCAACCGUUGUAAGCUUCGCUUCAGAUGAGCGUAUGAUGGGCGAGUUUAAAGAUCUUAAGGAAAUGGUUGGUUUGCUAAGAGAAGCCCUCGACCACCAAACCGCGAUCAUAAGCGAACAAAAUAUUUAUUUAUUUAUCUCAAAAGUACGCCUCUCAAGCAAACUCACCGUUGUCGGACUGCUAAUACCUUUCAACUGUUUUUGUACUGGAGUUUGUUGCGGAGAGGAGAUACCGUUAAAAAUAUGUACAAUAGCUAUGAGGACUAUACAAGUGAUGUAAAAAUGGCCAUUGCAAGAGGAAAAAAUUGAAUAGAUCAAAGGCGUCACAUCCAAAAGAAAAAUGGUUAAUGAGGCUACAAAAGACUUAUUUUAAAAAUUAACUUUAAAAAUAAUAAUAUGUCACGAAGCGGCUUCGCUGAUGAAUUGUACCUUUACAUGGCCGGCCGCAAAGAAAACGUCACAUUGAUUAAUUUUUAUUUUCAUUUAAGAUAUUUUUAAUAAAAGUUAAGUUCUUCCUACAACAAAACCCAUAAAAAACAGAAAAAAUAGAAAGCAGCUUUGCACUUUAAUUGAGUACGCAGUUUUGUAAUUAAUAGAAUAGUAUAAUAAAGCGCAAAACUGCUUUCUUUUAAAUAUCUGCAUAGAGUUUCGAACUCUGACUUUUAUGGGUUUUUUUAUAGGAAGAACUAUAUUUUUAUAAAAACUAUGCAAAACAUAAUUACUCGAGAAAUUGCGGAAUAUCAAAAUCAAUCAGUGUCCCGUUUUUUUGGCGGCAAUGUAUGUUAGUAUAUAAGUAUUACAAAAAAAACCAAGUUGUGUUCAAAGAAGGUUCCUUCCAAAAACGAAACAAGCCAUUUUAAAUGCGAGGUCAUUGAUGUAAAAUAUAUUAGUACGUAAGUAUUUCCAGUAUUUGCUUUCAAAAGCAUAUGUAUUUUUUUGUAAGUCUUGACUUAAAAUCUUUUUUAAACUAAUUUUAGAAGUUCUUCGGGAAAAAAACAUUUUAAAUGUGAAUUCAUUGAUGUAAUCUAGACUAGUAUGUGCAGUGGUCGAAAAAAUUAUAGCCGCACCACAUAUUGACAAAUUGUAACAAUUUAUUUUUGUUAUU